AUGCCGAGCACCCAGACUGGCGACCCCAUCCUGAUGCCUCGAUUCAAUGUCAUCGAAGGCGGAAUAGUGUUAACUAUUUCGAUCGCACAUGCUAUGUGCGAUCUCGUACAGUGUAUGGACGUGAUGGGAUCUUGGGCACGUCAAACGUGCGCUGUUGCCAAUGCGCGGACAAAGAACAUGCCUGAGCCUCCGCUGCCGCAACAAAUAGCAGCCAACUUGAUGGAUCGCUCGAUGUUGACGCCUAAUGUGCAGACUGAGCAUGAUCUCGACAAGUUAGCAGCUCGCGUGGGAAAUCUCCCACAUUGGCAAAUCCUCGACCCUCGCGAUCCCCAAAAGAUGGCCAAGACAAUAGACGACCUUUUCACCAAGGCUCGUUUGACAGACAAUGAUCGGGCCAAAUUUCCUGAAGGAAAGCUUCGUCAGCUAUCGACUUGUAUAUGGACCUUCCCUCAAUCAUCAAUCCAAAAACUGAAGCUCGUCGCCGAGAGAGCAUCGCCGAAAGAAACCAAGUUAUCAUCCAUCGACUGUCUGACAGCGUUUACUUGGCAGCGUUUCUUCGCGGCCAAAUGGGCCCCCGGUGUUUCUGGCGCGGAGCCUAUACCUAAAACGACGCGUAUCGCUUACGUUGGGAGUGUACGCCGCCGCCUGACACCACCUUUGCCUUUCGAUUACAUGCCGGCUUGCCUGGACGUAUUCCCAGUUGCUGCAAAGACUGGUGACUUCGCAUCUCCAGCCCCAGAGGCCUUGGCCAAAGCAGCAGCGCUGAUUCGCAGAAGUAACAACAACUGGAGCGAAGAGAAAUUCCACGAAAUGAUCGAGAUUGCGCAAAUGCACCCUAUGAGCCCGGGGCUAGUACCAGCAGGUCCCCUCGAUGCCUUUGUCACAGAUCACACACGUCUAGGCCCAGCCAUACGUGAAGACUGGGGUCCUAGCCUCGGCCGGUGUGAGGCGUAUCGUGAGCCAUAUUUUGGCCGGGUGCCUCCGCAUGGCGAGUUUACUCUCCUGCCAGGUUGUAAGAUUGGCGAAGUCGAUGUUAUGAUUGCUGGCGAAGCUGUUGUCUUGGAACGGCUGAGAGAUGACAAGGAACUGAAUGCCAUGGCUUCAUGUCAGUUCAUCAUGGACGACUUCGUCAAGAAAGCCGCGAAGAAUCGGCGCUCUGCGAAAUUAUAA